AUGCCGAACCCAGGAGUCUGUCUCCCUGUUUAUCCAACCACCAGGAAAGGUCCUCCCUUGAAAAAAGUAUUAUCUCCACUUCUAGCUAGCUGUAUCUCACUCACCAUGCGAAUGAACUGGGAGAGGGGGCAUGACCCCCAGGUGUGUACAGUUGUGACUUUACAGCAGUCCGGCCCCACGCUGGACGCUUCCCCUAGCUGCUCUCCUAGCUCUGCUGCCAGGCUGCCCCAGACGGUCCUGCCCCCCCCCCCCCACCCCCAUUCUCUUUCCUCUCCCAGGGGUUUGGGCCCUGGAGGGCUCCACGCAGUGUCUGUGGAGACGCAGAGGGCCCAUCUGCAAAGACUGAGCUUGUGUGUGGUCGUCGUCACGUCUCCCGCUCCCUCCCCUCCGGUGUCUGGGCGCGGCUUACAUCAGGACUGCGUCUGUCCGCUCUUGGUUCUUCCUUGUUCCGGGUGUGUGGGGGUGGGCCCCCGGCCGGAGGGCACCCAGUGCUUGGAAGAGGUAGCAGAGAGCUGGGAGCUCCAACCCGAGGCCAGGGAAGAUGAGAACAGACCCAGAGCAGACGUACUUACUCUCCACCCUCCGGGGCCCGCCGGCUGGAUGGUGUGCCGGCAGGACGCCACUCACCGGCCUAACACACAGACCUCUGCAAACAUCAGUGGCAGGCGGGAGAGGCGGCCUGACCCAACCGUGUCCAAUCAUUCGGUGGUGUAUUUUAACCAGCCUGAAAAAUUCCACCUGUGUAAUUUGAUGUACAUUUGCUACAGCCAGCCCGGCACAGCCCAUGUGACCUCUUUGUACGUGUGUGUGUCGUGA